GGGCACAGACACUCACACACACACUGCUUUCACGACCCAUGUGAGUUUUCUUUCUUCUCCAUCUUCACUUUUUUAAGUAGCUAGAUGACAAGACAGACAGCUAUCUCUCUUUUUUUUUUACGAAGAAGAAGAUCAAAAAAAAAAUGAAUUUUAAAAAGGGACCUUUAAGAGAGAUGGUGGGAGAGAGAGCAAUAGAGAGAGAAGGAAAUCCACCCCCACAAAUAGAAAGUUAGGGUUUAUUGGAAAAAAAGAAAGAGAGUGUGUCUCUGUGUGUGAUUCUAAUAGAGGUGUAGUACGUCGCUUUGCUUUCAGUCCAUUAAAACCAUUCCAUAACCUAUUCCGCACCGACAUGUCUCCUCCCCCUUUCCUUUAUUAGCCUCUCUCUCUCUUUUUCACUACUCCGUCUUGAUUUUAUAAACAAAAGAAAGAAAGAGAGAGAGAUCUUCCUCGGGAUUGCAACAUGUUGGACUACGAAUGGGAUAAUCCUUCCUCCAUCGUUCUCUCCGGAGAUGAAAGAAACCCGGACUCUGACCCGACCCGGUCAUCCUUCUCCUUUUUCGACCCCAUCUCCCAUUACAACAACGACCACCGUCACAUCACCAUUUCUCCUCCCCUCCUCUCUUCCUUCUCUAACCAACAACAACAGCAUCACCUCACCCUCUACGGUCAGACCAACAGCAACAACCAGUUUCUUCAUCAUCACCAUCACCACCACUCCUUGUACGGGUCCACCACCACCACCACUCCUUACGGCGCCUCCGAUCCCAUCUACCAUCCCCACUCUUCCGCUCCGCCAGCCUCCUUGUUCUCCUACGACCAGACAGGACCGGGCUCGGGAUCCGGAUCUUCCUACAACUUCCUCAUCCCCAAGACAGAAGUGGAUUUCACGUCCAACAGGAUCGGGCUGAACCUGGGAGGCCGUACGUACUUCUCAGCGGCGGACGACGACUUCGUGAGCAGGCUAUACAGGAGGUCUCGACCAGGUGAGUCAGGGAUGGCGAACUCGCUGAGCACGCCGCGGUGCCAAGCAGAGGGAUGCAACGCGGAUCUGAGCCACGCGAAACACUACCACAGAAGGCACAAAGUGUGCGAAUUCCACUCAAAAGCAUCGACGGUUGUAGCCGCCGGACUAAGCCAAAGGUUUUGCCAGCAAUGCAGCAGGUUUGUGCCCCCUAAAGUUGCCACCUUUGACCUUUUUUAAAUAAAUAAAAAAAUACUAUAGCUGUGGGGUUUCGGCUAUCUUCUCUUCUCUUCGUCCGUACAUCCUUAAUCUUGUUCUAUCUUAGUUUUUAGAUCUUCUUUGGAUCUCCUUUUUUUUCAUUAGUUAGUUAGCUUCCCUUUUUGUUUAUUAAUUAAUUUACAAUCACUGCUAAAGGAUCGACACAAUCAUUGAGAGGGUUCGUACUGUGUGGUGUGGGGGAUCCCGAUAUGGCUUUCUCUCGUCCUUUCCAACCAAAUCAUUUUAGCCCUAACUAACCAACCAAACUCUUAUCACUAAUUCUCCAUCUCAUCAUCAUCAUCUGAUUUAUACAUAUAUAUAUCGAAAUAAUCAAUACAGGUUCCAUUUGCUGUCGGAAUUCGACAACGGGAAACGGAGCUGCCGUAAGCGACUUGCUGACCAUAACCGCCGCCGCCGUAAAUGUCACCAAUCAGCCUCCGCCACCCAAGACACCGGCACCGGCAAGACUACUCCAAAGUCACCGAACGAUUCGGGUGUUAAAGCGUCAUCGUCACCGUCGUCCAACGCGCCGCCUACGAUAUCACUGGAGUGCUUCCGGCAAAGGCAGUUCCAAACGACAGCGUCUUCAUCCACGUCAGCGUCUUCGUCUUCAAAUUCAAUGUUUUUCUCCAGCGGAUAGUUAUAAGCUUUACUCAUAUGAUAUAUUAUGCUUAAAAUGAGAAAUCAAAGGACUCUUCAAUAUCACUAGUUAAUGCUAGCUGUCUAUCAUCUGAAUUAGUCGGUAAUGUGUAACGUUUUAUUUCAUGUCUCUCGUUUCGUUUGUCGUUUUCAUAUUGUUUUUGACUUAGUAGAGGUUUAUUUAAUUAACCAACAACAUAUCAGA